AUCACAGUAUUGCUUUCUAGAAUUUGUGGCAACAGACCCAGGUUGCCAAGUAAGGGGAAGAGAGGAUAUGGCUGGCGACGAGGAGACGACGACGACGACGACGGCAGCAACACUUGAAACAACGUCCACUUGGGCUGUUGCCUCUGUUUGCUUCAUUUUGAUUGCACUCUCCAUACUUAUUGAGCAUGCUCUCCAUCUCUUAGCCAAGUACUUCAACAAGAAGCGGAGGAGGUCUCUCAUUCAUGCUCUUAACAACGUCAAAUCGGAGUUGAUGCUCUUGGGGUUCGUAUCUUUGUUGCUGACUGUGUGCCAAAAGUAUAUUGCGAAGAUUUGUAUCCCAAGGAGCGUAGGUGAAACUUUUCUUCCCUGCAAGACCUUGACAGAAAGUGAUUCAGAAGAAGAAACCAAAUGCGAAGAGCAGGGAAAGAUGUCUUUGUUGUCUACACAAGGCGUGGAGGAACUACAGUACUUAAUUUUCGUGCUGGCCUUCUUCCAUUCGCUCUACUGCGUCCUCACAUUCGGUCUUGGGAUGGCCAAGAUGAAGAAAUGGGAGUCCUGGGAGGCAGAAACAAGAACACUGGAAUAUCAGUUUACAAAUGAUCCACGGAGGUUCAGGCUCAUCCAUCAGACAUCAUUUGGAAAGCAACAUCUGAGAUAUUGGAGUGAGCAUCGGAUACUUCGUUGGCCGGUUUGUUUUAUUCAGCAGUUCUAUCCAUCCGUCUCCAAAGUGGAUUACUUGACUCUUAGACAUGGGUUCAUUAUGGCCCAUUUUGCAGAAGGAAGCAACUAUGACUUCCAAAAGUAUAUAAAAAGAGCUUUGGAAAAAGACUUUGGAGUGGUGGUGGGAGGAAGUUUCUGGGUUUGGAGUUUCUCCAUGCUUUUUGUGUUCUUCAAUGCUCAAGUAUUUUACAACUAUUUAUGGCUACCCUUUAUUCCAUUGGUGAUGCUGUUGUUGGUUGGAACAAAGCUACAGGGCAUUAUAACUAAGAUGUGCCUAGAUAGCCAUGAUAAAGCUCUCGUUGUUAGAGGAACUUUGCUUGUCAGGCCCAGUGAUCACUUCUUCUGGUUUGGAAAACCGGAAUUGCUCCUACAUCUUAUGCACUUUAUAUUGUUUCAGAACUCUUUUCAACUGGCGUUCUUUACAUGGACUUGGUACAAAUUUGGAUUCAGAUCAUGCUUCCAUGAUACAACUGAGGAUAUCGUCAUAAGGCUUGUCAUGGGUGUGUUAGUACAACUCCUUUGUGGCUACGUGACACUGCCUCUGUAUGCCCUGGUCACGCAGAUGGGGACAUCAAUGAGGACAAUUGUCUUUACUGAGGGAGUCGUUGAAGGUCUGAACAGAUGGAGAAGGAAAGCCAAGAAAAACAUAGCACGCAGGAACAACCACUCAGCUCGUCCCUCCCUGGAUGCUUCACUGGACAAUUCACCUUCUUUUAACACUCUGGAUACUUCUUUCUCUGUAGACCUCGAUCAGCCAUCAUCAGAUGCUGGCUAUUUGACUGUUGAAAUAUCAGAUGAAGAGACGGUCGCAACUAAACAGCCAGAACCGCGUCAGAAGUUGGGAUGUUUUGAGGGUUUCGACUUGCGCAAAACAUCAUAAUAUCUGAUUAUGAGAGGAUUCGAUUAAAAGCUAUUCUUGACAAGCCAUAUGCAAUGCCCACAUCGCUUGUCAGUGAUCAAUGAUGAGGUUGUUGAUUCAAUUCGAAGCUUAAACAGUACUAAGCUCAACACAAAUCAAAUGGCAUGGUGAUCAUAGUUCAGUGGUGGCUGAAAGAGAGGUUGUACAGUCAUUUCUGCUAUUUUUUCAUCUCUCUAUAUAUUAGAAGCAGUGUACGUAUAUAUUGAUAGAUGAUAUUCAUUUACAGAAGAACACAAAAACAAUGAUGCCUUCUAUGUUAAUUAAACAUACAUGAUGUGAUUUUGUUUUCCA